AUCCUGUGCAGGGAAGGGCAGAUCCCUCUGAACGCCCCCCCCCCGGGCUCGGGAGGUUGGACAGGGAUACCCGGGCCCCUCGCUUCCCUCACUCCCUCAGCCUCUGUCUCACUCCCUCGCCCUCGGGAUUACAGUGUUGCUGCUGAGGAGGUCCCGGCCACCCCCCGCCCGGUAACGGCAGUCGGAACAUGGACGAGGAAUACGACGUGAUCGUUCUGGGCACCGGGCUGACGGAAUGCAUCCUGUCGGGGAUCAUGUCCGUCAACGGGAAGAAGGUUCUCCACAUGGAUCGGAAUCCCUACUAUGGCGGCGAGAGCUCCUCGAUCACCCCUUUGGAGGAGCUGUACAAGAGGUUCAGUCUGUCGGACGCUCCCCCUGAGUCCAUGGGCCGUGGCAGGGAUUGGAACGUGGACCUGAUCCCCAAGUUCCUGAUGGCCAAUGGCCAACUGGUGAAGAUGCUCCUGUACACGGAGGUGACCCGCUACCUCGACUUCAAGGUGGUGGAAGGAAGCUUCGUCUACAAGGCCGGCAGGAUCUACAAAGUGCCCUCCACGGAAACUGAAGCCCUGGCUUCUAAUCUCAUGGGCAUGUUCGAGAAACGCCGUUUCCGCAAGUUCCUGGUCUUCGUGGCCUCCUUCGACGAGAACGACCCCAAGACCUACCAGGGUGUGGACCCCGUCGGGACCACCAUGCGGGAGGUCUACAAGAAGUUCGACCUGAGCCAGGACGUCAUCGACAUCACCGGACAUGCCUUGGCCCUCUACAGGACCGACGAGUACCUGGACCUGCCGUGCCUGGAGACCAUCAAUCGCAUCAAGCUGUACAGUGAAUCGCUGGCGCGGUAUGGCAAGAGCCCCUACCUGUACCCCCUGUACGGACUGGGUGAGCUGCCACAAGGAUUUGCCAGGCUGAGUGCGAUUUACGGGGGCACCUACAUGUUGAACAAACCGGUGGAUGAGCUGGUGAUCGAGAACAAGCGCGUGGUGGGCGUCAAGUCCGAAGGAGAGGUGGCCCGCUGCAAGCAGCUGAUCUGCGACCCCAGCUACGUGUCGGACCGGGUGCAGAAGGUCGGGCAGGUCAUUCGGGCCAUCUGUGUCCUCAGCCACCCCGUCCGCAACACCAGCGAUGCCAAUUCCUGCCAGAUCAUCAUCCCUCAGAACCAGGUCAACAGGAAGUCCGAUAUCUACGUCUGCCUGAUCUCCUACGCACACAAUGUGGCUGCCCAGGGGAAGUAUAUCGCCAUCGUCAGCACCACCGUGGAGACUGCACAGCCUGAGAAAGAGAUCGAACCAGCCCUCGAGCUGCUCGAGCCCAUCGACCAAAAGUUUGUCGCCAUCAGUGACCUGUACGAACCGCUGGAGGACGGGUCGGAGAGCCAGAUCUUCAUCUCCAGUUCAUACGAUGCCACCACCCACUUUGAGACCACCUGCAACAACAUCAAGGACAUGUACAAACGCAUGACCGGCACCGACUUCAACUUCGAGAACAUGAAGCGCAAGCAGAAGGACGUCUUCGGGGAGGAUGAGCAGCAGUAGUGGCCCCCAUCCCCCCCCCCCCCCACUACCUGUCUGAGACAAGCCCCCUCCUCCCAAGCCCCCACCCUGAUGACCCGUCCCUGGGGAGCGUAACGACUGGGCUUCUCCACACGGGGAGAGAACGUACCGGAGUCCCCUCUACCCCCUCCCCCCACCGCCGCCUGAGACCCCAGCCUGGUUUACCACCUCCUCCCCAGCCCCUCCCUACGGGAUCCCGUGGAGGGGCGCCUCGUGAGAGCCGGCUGGGCAAACGGUGGGGUCCUCCACACCACAGCCUUUGGGGCAGCUUUGGUGACGUAACUAAAUAAAACUCAAUGCCAAACUUCAACCAUC